CAAUGUUUGUGGCCAUCGUUGGAAUUACACGUGUGUAGCUGUGGGAAGAGUACAGCUGUCAUAAGCGUGCAGGAGGACACAUAAAGCUCAUAGCUGCCUACGGAUCUCAUCUGUUCGCCAGUAUGGCUCGUGGACACCAGAAAAUUCAGUCUCAGCAGAAAAAUGCCAAGAAGCAGGCAGACAUCAAGAAAUCCAAAGGCCAUGACCAGAAGACGGCAGCGAAAGCAGCGCUGGUGUUCACAUGUGCAGUGUGCAGGUCACAAAUGCCAGAUCCCAAAACCUUCAAGCAACAUUUUGAGAGCAAGCAUCCCAAGAGCCCCCUUCCUCCAGAGCUGGAAGGCGUGGAGGCAUAAAUUGACCAAGACCAGAGGUUACUGUAUAAAACUUCAUAAUAAGAGUCCUGAUCUCAGUGUUAUGGUUGGCAUUCUUAUCUGAGUUUUAUACAUAUAACCUCACCUUUACUAGUCCCAUGGUUCAAAGACUGAUGAUGUUUAGCUUUUGAGAUAAAUUAAUAGAACACUACCAGUGAUUUUGUCAAUUAAUCAUCUAUAACAUUCAUUUGGUAGACAUAUUUGUCAUGCUUUUUGCUUGUUAGGUAGAAGAUAGAUGAGUGAAUAAAAUUGGAAAAUGAACAUCCUAAUACUUUACAUAACGCCUGGGCAAACAUUUUAUUUAAUUUUCUAAUUUAAUAACUUUCAACUGAAAAUUGUUUUAGUUCAAUACUAACUUGAUUCUGUAUACUGAAAACUGGAAUCUUGUAUGUCUAUCUGAAAUCACUGGAUGUGCCCGAGGUGACUGUAUUUUUAAUUUAAUGUUGCUGCAGAACUUCUUAUUUCUCUCUGGAAUUCUCAGACAAUACGCCUCAAUGUUUGAUAUUUCUGCUUAAGCCACCUGGUUUUCACACCAAUGUAAUAUAUCUCUUUAAUAAAGUUUAACUUUGUUUAAAAA